CGGAGGUCCCCGACUCUCGCGAGAUAGGUGCAAAAACUAGGAGAGGAGGAGCUGCGGAGUCCUAUAAAUGUCCCGCCGGGACCGACCCACCCUUCCUUUUUCUCUAGCCUCUUUGCUGGCCGCCAUUAUGGACACGAGUCGCGUGCAGCCGAUCAAGCUAGCACGGGUCACCAAGGUACUAGGCCGGACCGGCUCACAGGGCCAGUGCACGCAGGUUCGGGUGGAGUUCAUGGAUGACACCAGCCGUUCGAUCAUCCGGAACGUGAAGGGCCCAGUGCGGGAGGGCGAUGUGCUGACCCUGUUGGAGUCCGAGCGUGAAGCCAGAAGGCUGCGUUAACGGUGCAGGCGGUGGAAUACUGACUCAAGGGAGAAUGGCAGCCUAAUCAUGUGAAAUAAAAGACAAUUUGUAUAAGU